AUGCCUGCCAAGCGUGGCGGCAAAGGCGGCGCCGGCAGGGGCAGGGGAAGCGGCGGCAAUACCAGCGCCCAGCCCGGCCAGGUGCUCGAGUUUCUGCUGUUUGGCGCCGAGGGCUAUUCCUUGGACGGCUGCCCCGCUCAGGAGAAACCCAGCACCACGCCGGGAGCCACCAAGCUCACGCUGUCCGACAAGUCCAAGGCCAAGCUGACCGAGGUGGCGGAGUGGUUCCUGGCGGCCCUCUCGGCGCACCCUGGCGCCAGGCUCGUGCUGUCGUCCGCCACUAAGGACGACAAAAAGACUCUGCAGGGCGCCGUCGAGUCCAUCAGCGGGCUGGAGGUCGGCUUCACGGAGCUGCCCAGCGGCAGGUGUUUGCAGCUCAGCGCCAGCACUGGCGGGGCGCCGGCGCCGGCCAACGGGGCGGACGACCAGGAGGAGGCCGAGGAGGAGGAGGAGGGGGAGGAGGAAGGGCAGGGGGCCGAGGGUGAGGGCGAGGCGGACGGGGCCGCCAACGCGGCUGACAGCGCGUCCGCGGAGCCCGCGGCGGCCGUGGAGGGCGCGGAGGAGGCCGCCCGGGAGGCGGCCGCGGCCACGGCGGCCGCCCUGAGCGCCGCGGUGGCCGCUGCCGCGGAGAAGAUCGGCGGCGCGGCGGCGGGCGCGCGGGCGGCGGCGGUCGAUACGUCGGAGGCUUUGGGCGACGCGGCGGCCUCGGCUGCGGAGGACGCCAGCGCGGUGGCGGCGGAAGCGCAGGCCGCGGCGGCCGGCGCGGCCGAGUCGGCGGCCGCGGCGCUGGCCGAGACGCAGGCCGCCGUGGCUCAGAAGGCGACCGGGGCCGCGGCCGCCUCGAGCGACGCGGCGGUGGCCGCCGCGGAGAAGGCCAGCGCCGCGGUGAAGACGGCGCAAGCUGCCGCGGCCGACGCCGCCGCAUCGGCCGCCAAGGCCCUGUCUCACAAGGAGGCCGCGGCCACAGAGAAGGUUAAUGUGGCGGUGGCGGCCGCGGAGAAGGCGAGCGCGGCGGCCGCUCAGGCCCACGGCGCGGCCGCCGCGGCGGCGGGCUCGGCAGUUGCCGCCGCCAAGGAUGUGGAGGCGGCGGUGGCGGAGACCGUCGCCGAGGCGGCUAAGAGCGCCGGGGCGGCGGGCUCGGCGGCCGCGAACAAGGCGAGCGCGGCCGCCAAGGGCGCGGGCGCGGCGGCGGCGGACGCCAAGGAGGCUGUGGUGGAGCAUGCUUCUGCUGCUGCGGGCGAGGCCGACGGCGCGGCGGCGGUGGUUGGCGAGAAGGUCGCGGAGGUCGCCGCCGCGGCCUCUGAGGCGCUGGGCCACGCGGCGCAGACGGCAAAGGAGCAGGCGGCGGCGGCGGCGGAGGCAGUGCAGGAGGUGGCGGCCGCCGCCAAGGAGCAGGUCGCGGCGGCGGCGGCGGGCGCGGCGGGCGGGGCGCAGGCUGCUGCGGAGGCGGCGUACGGCGCCGCAGUGGCCGCAAAGGACCACGUGGCGGCCCAGGCGCAGGUCGUGGCCGCGGCGGCGCAUGACGUGGCGGCGGCCGCCAAGGAGCAGGCGGCGGCGGCUACCUCGGGGGCCGCGGACAAGGCGCACACGGCCGUGAGGGAGGCGGCCGCCGAGAAGUCGCAGGUGGUGGCCGCGGCGGCGCACGACGUCGCGGCCGCCGCCAAGGAGCACGCCGCCGCGGCCGCGUCCGAGGCCGCGUCCAAGGCGCACGCCGCGUCCGAGGCCACGACCGAGGCCGCCGCCGCGGCCGCGACGCAGGCGGCCGCCGCGGCGUCCGGCGCGGCGGCGGCCGUGCAGGACGCCGCGGCCGGGGCGCAGGAGCCAGCCGCGGCCGCCGCGGCGACCCUGUCCACGCAGGCGACCGCGGCGGCCAGCCUGGUGUUUGAGCGCGCGCAGUCUGUUAAGGUGCAGGUGGUGGAGGCGGCUAAGGAGGCGGUGGAGGUCGCCAGCACGACGGCGGUGCAGCUGACCCAGGAGACGCGGGCCGUCUUUGUCGGCGAGCGCGGGCGCACACAGCAGGUCGUGGCGGGCACCGUCGCGACCGCGGUCGUCGCCGUCCUGGGGACGCUGCUGACCGGCCUGCUGGGCGGCCGGCGCGGCGGCGGCGGCGGCGCCCGCAGGAAACUUGAGGCAGCGCUCAAGCCGGUGCGCCUGGACAUCAUCGAUGAGUCAUACAAGCAUGCGGGCCAUUCGGGCAACCCCUUGGGCAACCCCGAUGCAGAGACCCACUUCAAGGUCGCGGUGGUGUCGAGUGAGUUUGACGGCAAGCGGCUGGUCCAGCGGCACCAGAUGAUCUACAGGCUGCUGGACGACGAGAUCAAGGCGGGGGUGCACGCGCUCAGCAUGGAGACAAAGACGCCACAGGAGGCGGGGCUCUGA